CCCCGAGAUUUUAACACUUCAAGGAUAUAAAAACUGGCCGAGUUUGGGAGAUGAAUUUCAGUUGUCACUAAGGAGAGCAAUCAUGAUCAAUCUCAAUAUAUGGAUUAUUUUGUUCUUGCUAGCUGCAGCAGACUGGGGUGGAUAUGGGCAUGGCAGGGCAGCAGUCGAUGGGUCUGUUAUCACCGAUUUGCUUGAUGGUUUUAACGGUGGAGGAAAGGAUUCCCCCUGUAGGGAGGAUAAGACUUCAGGUGUCGACUCAAGGUUUUUCCAGCUGUACUCAUCCAACCAAUCUUUCCCUGAAGCCAAGCUUGUCUUGAAUGGUUCCUCAUCGCAAGUCGUCCCGAUCGGGACUGAUCUCUGCCCGGGCGAUCUCUCCGCCUGUGAGAACGGCUUCACGGUCGCACUAUGGCUACGUCCGCAGAACGCAACAGUGGGGGACGAAGGAGUGUACUACCUAUCAUCAGGAGCUCAAAGACCAGAGUCAGACGGAUUCUACUUGCGACUGGAUUCCGUGGAAGAUCCACAAACUGGCUUUCCGCUCGGUACCUUCUCCAUCGGAGUGGCAACCUUGGACAGGAUCUGGCACGUGCGUUACCAAGCGACCAUGGACCAAAUGUCACAUGUCAUCAUGUCCUGGAGACAGGACAUUGGAUUGGAUGUUUACGUUGAUGGUUUGUGCGUAGGAGCUCAGACUGACGAAGGCUACCAAAGAUUUAAUGUUACCUCUCCAUGUUCUCAUGAUCCGUUCCCGUACCUGUAUGUAGGCGGGAGGAAUGACUUUGAUGGGGGUUUUGCCAGGGCCGACAUUCGACAGAUAACCAUUUGGGAUGCCUGGAAAAACCCCUUCAACAUCUCUGAUCUAGAGGACGAAGAUGUUUUGCAAAUCUACUUCGAGGGUUGCAAAUAUACCAACAAUCUUUCGCCGGUAGCAGAACCACCUCCAGUAUCGACACCCCAGGAGUGCAUGGUCUUGUGUAAACUCAAUUAUCACAAGUAUGUUCUUAUUACUGAAGUUAAUAAUACUCCAGUUUGUAUAUGCCGCCAAAGAUACAGGACUUCAGAAAGGAUUGGUUCUUGCAAUACAUGUGAUGGGUACACAAAGGCUUCUUGUGGUGGUAAUAAUAGUGUGAGUGUAUACCGGCUUCCAUCACUUAGAUCUGCGAUAUCAGAUCCACUGGCAAUCACUGGCUUUACAGUGAGUAUUGAUGGAGUAGUAAUGCUCGACAAACACUAUACGGUGAUAGAGGGUACUAACAUCAACUUCAGCUUCAGCGUGGUCUCCGGCAAGGAUAUCUUCUACUCAAUCUACGAGAAUGACAUCCUGCUUGCUGGAACUUACAUGACCACGACCUAUUUGACAUUCACACGAGGGCAGCACAACCUGAUGGCAAGGGCCACCAAUGAGAUCAACACUGUGACGAAUUCCCUGUGGAUAACUGCCGUGACAGACACAUGGCAAAUAGAUGCACUCUAUUUGGAAAUUCAAGAUAAGGUCAUCGCAACAUCUGAAAUUGAGACAAUAACACUUGAAGUUUUUAAUGGAAGUCCCGAGACAUGUGAGUUGGAAAGUGGAGAUGGAUCAUCGGCAGUUAUAUUUGAUACACUUGUAUCUACUGUUUACUACACCACCACUGUUAACUACACCACAGCAGGAGUUUUUACAGCAAAGGCAAUCUGCACAAACCAACAAUCUACGCAAUUCCAUGCCUUCGCCCGAAUUACAGUCCAGGACAGAGUCUCCAUUUCUCUCAAUAGUACCUUUAAAAUUCCCCAGGGGAUUAUUCUCACAAUUCCCUUCCAGAUAACUGGCACCAACAUCACAGACCGAGCAGUCUUGUACGAUGGUCAACCCAUGCCUAACAUCACAUGUCUUGAGACUAACUGUGAGAUGUUCAUCGGGGUAACUUUGACAAGUCAAACAGGUAUACACAUUCUUGAUGUAAAGGCCUCUAACUUGAUCAGUGGUCUAGUGACGUCAAGAUCAGAUAUCUAUGUCGGGGCUCCAUUGACAAAUUUCUCAUCAACAAUCAAUCAGACAGCUGUUGAAGUGAGAAAGUGGAUCACAAUGACAGCAUUUGUCGAGAGUGGAGCUCCUUGUAACUUCUUCUUCAAAUUUGGACAGAGAGAACAACUCUUGACUUGUGAGAUGGCACCCUGCAAACUCUCCUACAUGAACAACUUCCUAGCAGCUGGACAUUUCAAAGUUUACGUGGAAGUCUCAAAUGAGAUUGCCUCAUUGAAAAGUGAGAUUUAUACGGUAAAAGUCUACAAUUUAGUGCCACCUCUUAAGAUGGUGGUAUCUAACUCUAGCUCAACUGUUGAACCUGUGGUCUUGAUGUUUCGUCCUUUAUCGAACACAUCCCCCUGGCCAACCGAUGCAAGAGUAGUAUUUUCACUUGACUUUUUCCAAGGUGAAUUCGAAGAAGAUUUUAGUCCAUUCUUACCAGGAGAAUCUACGGCCAAUUAUUACUUGAGCAUCCCUGUGGUCAAUCGUUUCAACUUAACUGUCCACGUUUUCAACGCCAUUUCUUCCUUGACCCUCCAAAACAUCAUCAUACAGGUCGGAGAAAACAUCACAGGCUUCUCCGGGCAGCUUAUCCCAUCAACUCAGGCAGCUGGAGAAGACAUCAUUUUGGAGCUUCGAGUUGAAACCGGAAGUGAACUUACCUUUGUGGUAGACUUUGGGGAUGAUUCAAACACAACCUUAAAACAAGACAACAAGGUUUCUGGCGACAAUCUCACAAUCCAUAGACUCUUUUCUUACUCAAACACAUCUGUACACAGUAGCUCCACAAUUACACCAAUACGCCACAUGUAUGAGAUUCCAGGGGUGUAUGCUAUCAAAUAUAAAGCUCUGAACGCAUUUAGUGAGGCACACGGGGAGCUCUCAGUCAAUAUAAUCAACGGACUCAAUGGCCUUAAGGUUUACCAUAAGAGAGUUGAGUCGACAGGAUCCCCAGUUGAUGUUGUAGUGUACCUGGCAAAGGGUGUCCAGACGCCCCAAAUGGCUCACUGUCUCAUAGAUUACAAUGAUGGCCAAUCAGCAGAUAGACUCAGUGCUAAUCUAUCAGAGUCCACCAACCUUACCGCUCACCACACGUACAGCACACCAAAGCUGAACUAUGAGGUGACUGUGUUCUGUCACAACAUGGUCAGUAACGUGACCAUUCAAUUCAGUCUAGACGUACAUCAACCUAUAUCUGGAUGCUCUCUCAGUGCUUCUUCCCAAGCUGUUCCCGUCAACACAUCAGUAGACUUCACCAUACAAGUGAAUGGAUCUGAUAUCUUGUUGAACUUAACGUUUGGAGAUGGCUCUAGAAACGCAACUCUUAUCACGGGUGAAGAUCACAUCGCUCAGAAAGUCUACACGAAAGCAGGCUUCUACAGAGCCACACUGUAUGCAUCAAACCCAAUCAGCGAAUGUAUUGCAUACGGGAUCCCAGUGACAGUGCAAAUUCCUGUACCAGAUGAUGGAUACCAACUCUCGAUCAACCCAGGUACGGUCAGCAUUUCGAACCUAACUUUAUUAAGCAUAAACUUUGAUCAAGAUCUCUCUGUGCCAACAAAUGUUACUGCAUUGUGGGACUUCGGAGAUGGUACCUCGCAUCGUCAAGUGAUUCCACAAGAUACCAGGGACUUCAACAUCUUUCAUAAAUACAACAAGGUGGGAACCUAUGAUGUUUCUUUGAGUCUCUCAAACUUGGUUAGUUAUGAGGUGCUGAUAGGAACGGUGAUUGUUCUUGAACCAAUUCGUGGAAUCGAAUUUGAUGUUAGUUCCAUCACAGCUGAAGUUAGCGCUAAUAUAACAUUAUGGAUUCUACCAACAUCAGGUUCUUCCAUAACCUACAGUAUUGACUAUGGUGAUGGAUGCAUAGAUAACCGAUUUCAAGACCAGCCGCAAAAUGAAAGUUUCAUUUUCUCCUACGAUGUUCCGGGAACUUACGUCCUCACAAUCCAUGCAUGGAACAACCUAAGCAGUAUUUUGAGUAACCACACAGAGAUCCAAGUUCUGUAUCCGGUACGAGGACUAAGCCUAGAAGUGAGUGAUGGCAUUCUUUAUCCAGGACUUAUCACUUUCUACAUUUCAAUUGACAACGGGGUCCCGUCUCCGUCAGAAAUGGAGUGCACAUGGGAGUGGGGGACCGGUGAACCCAGUCAGAAGAUGAACGACGUUUUUAUUCAGGAUAGCCUCAGGCUUGCUGAAAACCAUGUCUACCACGGUGGACAUUUUCUAGUUGAUUUGAAUUGUAGUAACGCUCUCGGACGUGUAAACCUGAAAACCGAGAUCGAUGUCUUUGAAAACAUAACUAACUUGGAAAUAUUCCCUCAUGCAUUGGUCGUUGGAGUUGAUUCCAAGAUAACCUUUGAAGUCAGUAUGACAAGUGGCUCACUGGUUGAGUAUUUGGUUCAGUUUGGUGAUGGUCAGCAUGAAAAUCGCAGUGUCCUGAUGGCCAGUGAAACCAAGAUUCAAAUGUUUCAGCAUACAUUUGACACACCAGGGACAUUUCAUCCUUCAGUUUCAGCAAGUAACAGGGUAGGUUCAUCCAAUGCCACUUUUGCCAUCGAGGUCAUGCACAGCACUUACACAUUGGAACUUUCAUCGGACAGUCCAAUGAAGCUUCCAGAUUCACUGAUAACAUUUCUGAUAACAUCAAAUGACGGUUUGAACCAUCCGCUAUACAUCAAAGUGGAAUGGUAUUUUGGAGACGGCGUGAAUGAAACUUUAGAGCGAAUGGACUUUAACGAGAAUCACAGCAUUGGUACCACCCAUCAAUACAAGAAUUCAGGAUCCUACCAAGCCUACGCACAUGUGUAUAACAAACUUGACAACCAGCGACUUAAAACAACUGUUUUUAUAAAGCCUGAAGUGGAUGUCAGCUUGAAAUUUAUUGACGACAACGGAAGCCUUAGAGAUGGUUUUGGACCACAAUUGAACUGGUUUCCAAGUGGCUUUGAACUGCAACUAGCUGCCAACUUCACUCAAAAUGUUACAUUUCAGUGGAACUUCGGCAAUGGGGAAGAAGUGUACACUGAGUUAGUAAAGAGGAAGUACUACACACCUGGUAUCUACAACAUAACAUUGCAAUUCAGGAAAGGUGACAGUGCACCCCAGGAAAUGCACUAUUUUGCAUACAUAGUAGGCCCAUUCAACCUGUUGCACAUUGAAGCUGUUGGCGAAACAGAGCAGGAGAUUUUAAAACCUAAUGAGACGUUAGACUUAAGCUUACUUGGGAGUGGGUUAACAAAUGGCAACCCUCUCUGCAUCACAUGGGAUGUUGGUUAUCAUGCUCAGCAGAUUGUCUAUGGCCCUGAGGCAUGCAAGACUUUAAUGCGGAAAGACAACAGCAGCUACAUUCCAACAGAUCAAGCAGAAGGCACAAACCUAUCAUAUGUGUUUACAUCACCUGGUUAUCACCAUAUCAACGUGUCUGUGACAUCUUUCCUCAGUACAGCGCACAUCACUAGAGAAUUUACAGUCAAGGGUUGCCUGUGUCCACCAGAGGUGUUUAUCAGAGGUCCUGGCGAUUCAAACAUUCCCAGGGUGCAUAUAAGAUCUGAAGUUAUCCAGCUGGAAGCCAGUGUCUCCGCUCAAUGUUUUGGCCUCGCCCCAACGACCUUUACUUGGAGGGUAUAUGACCACACAAAAAGAUUACUGCCAAUUACACUAGAAAACAACUACCAGUUGGACUUCUCACCAGGUCUCUUAGACGUAGGUCUGCAUUUGGUACUAGUCGAUGCUCAGGUAGAGGGAUACUCUUCAAAGUAUGACGUGGCUCUUCUUAGAAUAGAUCCAUCACCUCUGGUUUUGGUGAUCGAAGGUGGAAGUGGCAGAGCAGUAGGUAAAGUAAACCCUCUGACUCUGAAUGUCCUGACGUCAUCUUACGAUCCAGAUGAUCCAACGAGCAGCAAACACAACUGGACCAUCAACUGGUCAUGCCAGAUACAAUCUAACGUCAGCAAUACAGAUCUGCUACACCUUUGUGACAACCUCACCUCAUGGGAGCAGCUGAACAACACAGACCCUGUGAUUAACCUCGACGCAUCAAGGCUGAGACAAGGUGCAGAGUAUGUUUUCCGGGUGGAAGUGGUAUCUGGAUCAAGAAGUGCAUCAUACGAGCAGACAGUUUGGGUCUUGGAAGGCAUCCCACCAGUGGUCUCAAUAAGCUGUAUAUCCAACUGCGCAGCUAAAAUCAACCCAACCACUUCGUUCAUACUGCAAGGGGCUUGCAGCGGUUGUGAUGCAGGAAAAGCAGUAUUUGACUGGUCUUUAUUUGUGAGGGAACACGGCAGCAAAGAGUUACGAGUUAUAAGUGAUCUUGAAAGUAUAACCUCAACAGGUUCGGACAAUCAAGGUAUUGACUUUUAUCCAAACACCUUGGAAGGUGGCAGAGAGUAUAUGCUCCAACUGAAUGUCAGUGAUCAGACUCAUGGAAGAGGCUUUAUCCAACAUUCUUUUAUCACCAAUCUACCGCCGUAUGACGGUUCAUGUUCGAUUACUCCAACCACAGGAUAUGCCAUCAGCACUGAGUUCAGCAUCACCUGCUCUGGUUGGCUGGACGAGGGCCACGCCCUAAGCCGCACCUCAAUUUCCCCCGAUCUCGCCUCGGUUCAGUUCCUCCGGUAUCGUGUGAUGACCAGGGUCGCCGGAGAAACCAAGUUUUUGCUCAAGACAUCCGGGACGCAACGGGCAGUCCCAGCAAUGCUCUUAGAGCUAGGGCAGGAGGAGUUUGGCUACACACAUGAGGUGCUGGUCAAUGUCCUGGAUGCAUACGGGGCAGUUGCAUCUGUAAAUUUGACAGUUGAGGUGAGACCGCCCAGUCUGAGACAGGAGGAACUCUUAUCUUUAUUCGGCUCCAACACCAGUCAACUUUCACUCCUGGUUUCAUCUGGCGACGCACAGGGGGCUUUUCAGCUCAUAACUGCAAUCUUGUCUGUCCUCCCUACGGUUGGAAAUACAUCACUUAUAGAGCAACGAUCUGAAUUGGUCUCAACACUUUCUAGGGUGUCUGUAUGGGGCAAGACUGUGGAAUCUUUACUUCAAGGCUCUUCUACUCUGUCCAACAGUCUGACUGGCCACGUCAAUGAUAAAGCCCUGCUGGAUGCAUCACAAGCAAUGUUAGCAAUGGCCAUUACCCUGCAAGGCGUUGAUUCUAAUAAUGUAGAAUUGGUUAUCAACACAGCAUCAGAAAUCACCGCUGGCUUGGGAAUGAUGAUCGCCCAAUCAGACGGCUUAGUUCAGGAUGCACUGGGAACCAGUGAAGCAGGUCUGGAAAUCUCCAACUUUUAUGGUGAUGAUAUCUCACCUGAAGAUGCUGUCGAACAAACUGCACGAUACGAAGAGGAGAAGAAAAUCAAUAUACAAAACGCACAAAUGGUGGCUGGUACAAUUAGCACCCUAGCACGGCAAACAAUUAACCAUGCAGUGGAUGUUGUCAUGGACAAGAGGGUCUUGGGUCAGCCUCCCCUGCGCCUGGAAUCUGAUGGUCUCAUAGUGGAGGUUUACAAAGGUAAACCAGACUCAAUAGCGAAUCAAUCCAUACAGUCUGAUGCUGGAUCCUUCAGUCUUCCAGAUGGUUAUUCACUGUUUGGUGAACGAGACGACAUCCAUGUUGAGCAGACUGUUCUCUUCUUCAAAUCAAACCCGUUCAGUUUUUCUGAAAGUUCAGCAAGCAUUGGAUCCAAGGGUGUCCUCACAAUGGAACUCAACGACGGAGAUGGAAAUCCAAUUGUAGUGAUUAACUUAACCAAAAAUAAGAUAAGCAUCAUCUUCCAGACUGAUGAAGGGAAAGUUGAGAGUCAAAUGAUGCUGAAGAUGAGCUUCAAAAGCAUCUUGGAAAUGCAAUAUCAGAAGGUUGAGCUUACUGAUGAGAACGUUGAGCUUAGAGUAUUUCUCAAAGAUGUUUCCGAUGAGACCUCAAGAUUCCUGAUCUAUCUGAGAAACGGCAGCUUCCCAGAUGAGAAGACGCACGAUGCAGUCCAGUCCAUUCCUCGGAUUCUUGAGGCGGGGGAAAGCUGGGAUGAUAAUGCGGUAAAGAAUGAGGCUGAAUACACAGCUGUGUUUCCUAUAGAAGUAUUGAAUGGUGUCGGCAACUACUACCUGGGAGUUGUUCUGAUGGAAUCUAUGGUCUUGAAUGAUACAUCAUCAUUAGCUGGGUCAAAGGUCGUUAAUGUUACUUUAUUGACCUAUGCUUCUGGUUGCCGGUACUGGGACACCCAUAUUGAAGCAAUGAGUAGUGAAGGCUGCGAGGCCGGUCCACUGACGAACCUCCGCUCCACCCACUGUCUCUGCAACCAUCUCUCGUCCUUUGCAGCCUCCUUCUUCGUUCCUCCAAACAGCAUCGACUUCUCCACAGUCUUCACCAAGGACCUUGGCGACAACGCAGCUGUUUUCUCAACGGUGCUGGGAAGCUUCGGACUGUAUUUGAUUCUCCUGGUGUGGCUGAGGAGGAAGGAUCGACAGGAUAUUAUCAAGUGGGGAGUCUGUCCGUUGGCUGACAAUCACCCAAAGCAUUCUUACUUCUACCAAGUGACGGUGUCAACGGGAUUGGGUCCAGAAAGUGGCACAAGGUCAAAGGUCAGCCUGAUACUCAGCACAGACGAUGCAGAUAGCGGAGUCAGACUUCUGGAUGACAAUAAGAGGAAGAUUUUUGAGAGGGGCAGUGUGUGCCAUUUCCUGAUGAGUGUGGCCAGACCUCUAGGUAACCUGUCUCACAUCAAGGUAUGGCAUGAUAACACUGGAGCUGGGGAAUCAGCAAGCUGGUAUCUCUCACAGGUCUCUAUUACUGAUCUACAAACUAGACAACAAUUCUUCUUUGUCUGUGACCGUUGGCUGGCUGUGGAGAAAGAAGACGGAGCAGUCGAGCGUGUCAUCCCGGUCGCAACACGCUCCGACCUCACUCAGUUUGGCAAACUCUUCUACACCAGCAGCCGAAAAGACCUCUUCGAUGGACACAUCUGGUUCUCCCUCUUCAGUCGCCCGACGAGGAGCACCUUCACCAGGGUUCAGAGACUCUCCUGCUGCCUCUGCCUUCUGUAUCUGAGCAUGAUUGCGAGUGCCAUGUUCUAUGUUGGCCAGGGAGAGGAGCGUGAAAACCAGAGUGUACUACGUCUUGGCCCGAUGACCUUCACCCUACAAGAGUUCUAUGUCGGAUUCAUCAGCGCAAUGAUUGUGGUUCCAGUCAACAUCAUCAUAGUCCAGUUAUUCAGGAAGUCUAAACCAUCUCAGACUGCCAUUCUUCCCAACCAUCUAAAAGACACAUCGAAAGGCGAAUCAUCAGAGAACUCCUCCCCGCAGAGCUCUAUGAGCGACUUGAAAGGCGAUAAGGUAGAGCUAGUACCUUCUUCUAAGCCCAGGAACAAGAAGACGAAGAGUAGAGCCUUCUCGCUGCCGCACUGGUGUGUCUACCUUGGUUGGCUUCUGAUUAUACUGUCUGCUGUCACAGCAGCAUUCUUCACAGUCCUAUACAGCCUGCAGUGGGGAAGAGAGAAGUCUAAUGAAUGGCUGGUAUCCAUGUUGAUGUCACUCUUCAACUCGGUCAUCAUCAUACAACCAUUUAAGGUGAUUGCUGUAGCCAUCUUUUUGUCCCUACUAUGUAAGAAGCCCACUAGAAUGGACAUCGUGGUCAAUGAGGGAUUCUCAAAAGAUCAAAAUCAGCUUGGGGAUGAUGAAGAAAUGCUUCAUGAUACAAUGCUGAAAGGCGAACGAAGAGGCAGAUUCUGUCCUCCUCCCACUAAGGCAGCCCUUGAAGAGGCUCGUAAGAAGCGUCUGAAGGAGCUGAAGAUGAACCGCAUCCUGAAGGACACUGGGUUCUACACAGUCUUCGUUGUGAUAGUGAUGUUCCUUUGCUUCACAACCAGGGAUGGAUUAUCAUUCCACAUGUCUCAAUCAAUCCGAGAUAUCUUCAUUAAGAAUAACGGGGCGCAGACCGCGACGAAACUGAACUUCACAAGCUUGGAGAAACUCACCCCUGACCUGUUCUGGAAUUGGGUUGAACAAGCUCUGCUACCAGGUCUCUAUGGUGAGACAUACUAUAAUGGAGAUCCCAUGCACUGGAGACAUACAAGGUUCCUGAGCAACUGGCAGUGCUACCGUGUUGGCCCUGUACGUCUGAGGCAGCUACGAGUGAAACCGGAACCCUGCCAGAUUCCUCCAGAUGUCCAGACAUUGAAUCCAAAGUGCCAUCUUGGUUACUCCUGGGAUAACGAAGACGAGAGAAACUUCUCCGUCGGCUGGCAACCGACAAACUCCAGCCAAACUCAGCCUUACUCAACCGAGGAGUCAUCUCCAUGGAUCUUUCAUGACUACCAUGAGCUGAAAGGGGUACCUCAUUUCGGCAUGCUUGCUCUCUACUCUGGUGGUGGCUAUGUGGCAGAGUUCGGCACAAGCAAAUCCAGUGCCCUAUCUAUGGCGAUGUUCUUACGGGAGACAGGAUGGUACGAUGAGCUGACACGGGCAAUCUUUGUGGAAUUUUCAGUGUUCAACGGCAACAUUAACUUAUUUAGCGUGGUGACCAUGUUGGCCGAGACCUUGCCAACAGGGGGCGCUGUUGUGUCUUCCAAUGUCAACACACUGAGGCUGUAUCACUACGGGGACAAUAUGGCCAUCUUCACUGUUGUUUUUCAGGUCCUCUUUGUGGCCUACCUGAUCUACUUCUUCAUCCGUCUGAUUGUGAAGAUCAAACAGGCCGGCUGCAAGGAGCUGAAAAACUUCUGGACUGCCAUCGAGCUGCUCAUGCUUCUGCUUUCUGUUGUUUCAAUCGUGAUGUUUAUACUCAGACAGAUCUUCAUAGUCAACACACUGCAGGACGUCAAGAACAAAGAUCAGGGUGAAUUUGUCAAUUUCAGCCAUAUUGCAAAGUGGGACGAGCUCUUAGGGUACAUCUUGGCGUGUGUUUCCUUCCUCUCUUUAAUCCGAUACAUGCGCCUCCUGCGCCUCAACGCCAAGAUGUCCCUCCUUGGGUCAACUCUCGCCUAUGCCGCAAAAGACCUGUUCCACUUUUCAAUCAUCUGGAGCUUAGUCUUCUGUGCUUUCGCCCAGCUGACCUACCUCCUAUUCCAUGCAAUCGUGGGUUCCUUCAGCACCUUCAUCACGACAACAGAGACUCUCUUCUCCAUGCUGCUUGGAAAGUUUGACUUUGAGGCGUUAAAGAUGGCCAAACCGAUCAUCGGGGGCGCUGUCUUCGUCGUCUACAUCAUUACGAUGUAUAUGAUCUUGACGAAUAUGUUCAUUACGAUCGUCACCGAGGCCUUCAGGCACUUGAGAGCCAAGGAAGGAUCUGACGAUGCUACAGAUCAUGAGAUGGUGGAGUUUAUGAUCGACAGAUUCAAGGCCUUCUUCCUGAGACCUCUUCAAGGUCAUUCUGAAAAUCCACUGUUGAAAGCAAAAGCCAAAACAACAUCCUACGAGGACACGAUGGAUUCACUGGAAGUCCAGGUCAACCGGAUCGUCCACUUUGUGGAGAGCAACUACGGCGAUCUUGACAUACCAAAAGACAGCCCCAGUGAAGGGAGUGGGUCACCUGCGCGGACAUUGAGCCGCAUCACACUUCAUUCUGCGUCAUCACACAAUGGUGGUGAAGAGUCUCCCGGGAAACAAUGUAACCGUAGAAUAUUUCUGGCUUGAAACGCCGAUUUCAUUCCCUGUGAACUUUGACCCCUCCAAAAAAGGUUUGAGACAUUUCUAAAAUCUGGAGCGAUUAUGUCAGUGCAGGGAGAGUAUUCCGUAAUUAAGAAUAAACAAUCUGAGAAACCCAAGUCAAUGCUCUUUUAGUUUUUGAUUCUAAUACUACAUUGUACUUGUUGUGUACAAUAACUAGUAAAAUUGGAAGUAGAGCCAUGUUUAAAUCUCUUUUGGGAGGAGGGUUGGGUCGAAAAAGAGCAAGGGUGGUUUCUUGUCGAGCGGGUAAGAACAAUGGACUCAACCUGUCGAUUUCUGAUCAGCAGAGAGAUACUUUACUAUUAUUGCUUUGUUCUUCGGAUGGGACAUUAAACCUUAGGUCCCGGGCACUAGGUUCAGUAGUGCAUGUAAAAGAACCCAGGGGUGGAUUUCACAAAGAGUUAGGACUAGUCUUAUCUUAGGAUAAGGAGUUAGGACCAAUUACUCGUCCUAACUUAGGACUAGCUGUACGUUUUUGAUAUCUCUUAGGGCUAGUCCUAAGUUUUCUUUGUGAAAUCGACCCCUGAACACUUAUUCCAGAAAAUCACCGUCUAUAUAUAAGGAAAUAAAAGGGAAGCGAGGAGUUCUUAAAUUGCCAAUUAAAACAGGCAGGGUCCUGGGCGUGCGAUAAAGGCCCUCGCCUUCCGCCAUGGCCUUUAUCACACAGCAACGAAUUCACGUAACACGCUCUCAACAAAUAGCAAUAGCCAAACUGUCCAAGGUAUUUAUGAAUGUAUUUUUAUACACAGCUAAAUGUUACCAUGCUCAAUAAUUUAAAAUCAGCAGUAUCAACUGAUACUAAACAAUGGUGUACAUGAUUAGUGAACAUGCAUGUUUCAGUGCGCAAACAAAUGUAAAUAUUUGGGGAGGGGGAAACAAGGGUUUGUAGCUGCAUGCAAAUGAAGUCCAUACAAAAUGUCAGUGUUAGUCGUAAUUAUAUAACAGUAACACAAAUUGAAAAAAAACAAAAACACUUGUACAUGUAAACUUAAUUUGUUUAAGUCGUUUUAUAAUUAUUGUAUUUUAUUUUCAAAAUAAACCAAAUAUUUCCUCUCCUUAUUAUGUACUUGUAUACUGUACCCGAAAAGAGCUGCUGUAAAGUAUCUAAAAUAAGUUUUUGGGGUAUUUUACAGAAAUCUUCAAGAAAUCUAUAGGUACAAUGACUAUAAAGUCAAUGAUUAAAAACUUCAUAGUGCGUAGUUAA